AGAUUGGUUACGUGAAAAGGGACAUAUAGAUUCAGGAUAUACAGAUUCUUUGCAGCUUACUGAUCUGAGAAGCUGGCUACGUGAGAACGGGCACAUAGACCCUUGCAGCUAGCUGAGCAAGGUCUCAUAAGACAAUGCACCACACAUCCUGUGUAACAACUGAAGUUACAGAAUAUUACAUGUAUCUUGCUCAGUAACUGAACCACCAUUGAGUCUUACUGCUGAACUAUGGGUUUAUUUGCAGAGCCAGCAAGGUUAGGUUUUGGCAGCAAAACAAUGGACAUCUGUGGUUAGAAGGCCAGGGAAAAAGGCAGAACUGCUGACCACGAAAGGGGGUCUAAGGAGGGGUUUAGAAUCAGCUUAAUCGACGUGAACCACUUAGAAUGCGCCGUUACGAAUAUGCAUAAAGCCUAUUAUUGUUAGUAUAUAAGGAGUUCUGGUACAAUCAAUAAAUCGGAUUCCUGCUGAUCACUCAUAUUGAGCGUCUGGGUUUCCCCUCUAUCGCGACAUUCUGGCGCCCGAACAGAAGACGGAAAAAGGGACCGUAGAGACGGAUAGCCUACGUCCGUCAGCCUGCGGGGGAUGGGGACCGUAGAGAUGGACAACCUGUAGCCACGGCACGAUAGAGAGUCUGCGUCGGUCCCGUAAGCAGCUCGGGAGGCUGCAGAGGUGGUGAAAAGUCCACACCUCCGAGCCCAGGAGCACCUACAGAGGAGUCCUGCUGGCCACGCACCGCCGGGUCUUGCAAAGGCUGCAACAGCGCUGACGUUUAGGUAUGGCUAAGAGACAAGCGGUGUAUCAAUUGCUCAAAUGCUUUUUAGAAAAGUGGAGCACACCAGGGAUAGAUUGUAAAAAGGAUCUCCCUGGACUUUUAGAUUAUGGAGUUGCUAAGGGUUGUUUUAUUGAUCCGAAUGAAGUUUUUGAGAGGGAGCAGUGGAAAGUGUUUGGGGAUAUUUGAUGCAGCUACGCAGGAUGAUAAGGUGGCUAAAAAGAUGAUGAAACCGUGGCGGGCAGUGAGUAAUGCUUUGGCACAGUAUGAGGCAGAGCAGAAGGCUGCAGCAGCCGCUGCGCAGCGCUUAGGAACGCCGCUUACUCAGGAGAAGGACAUGGGUGAGAGCAGCUGCCCAUUACCCCCCUCUGUAAUACUUCUACCAUGCAAAAGGGGAGGGCAGCCUCAGAUCCUGUUUUUUCGUCUCCCGCGUCCCCUCAAGCUGUUAGUGCACCAUUAGCACCUUUAGAGCAUGAGAUAGUGCCUACAGCUCCUUCGUUAGAGCUGCCCACAGCCCCCCCGCUGUUUGUAAAAACAAACUCAGAGAGUCAAGAGAUAGCUAAGGAACGAGAGGAAUUUUGGAGGGAGGUUGCUAAAAAUAUUGCUGCUGAGGGAGACAUAGAUAAUGCCAGAGAACUUGCACAUGCUUUUCCAGUCGAAUUUUCACCCUCUGAUGCUCAAAGACAAGUUACUGUUAAUAUUAAACCUUUAGAUUGGAAAUUGCUUGCCCAACUGCGAGCCACUGUUAAUGAAUCUGGGUUAAAAGGGGAACCAACUCGUCAAAUGCUUGAUUUUUUGUGGGGCUCUAUGCUCUUGCUACCGAAUGAUGUUAAAAAUAUUACUAAGCUGAUAUUAACACAACACCAGUGUCUAUUGUUUGGAGCUUACUGGCAGAUUUUAUGCCAGCAGUCAGUAGCAACGCAGCGGAGAGCAGCAGAUCCUUUGCAUGGGGUAACCCUAGAUAAACUAAUGAGUACGGGAAAUUAUACGCAGAUAGAGACACAGGCUCUCGUAGGUCCUGACAAGGUCCGGGAAAGCGUGCAGCUAGCUCGGCGAACAAUAGAUCAGAUUAAGGACUCAGGAGGAUUGCCAUCAUAUAUGAGUAUCAGACAGGGAAGAGAAGAACCAUUUGGUACCUUUAUCGAUCGAAUAGCAAACGCUAUUAUUGCAGCCGGGGUUCCAGAAGCUCUGCAUGGUGCCUUGCUUAAACAAUGUGUCAUUCAGAAUUGUAACCCCACUGCACGUAGUGUGUUAGUUACUCUGCCUGCUACUUGGACGAUUGAGGCGGCAUUAGAGAGGAUGUCACAGGUCCCUGUAGGUCCACAAGCUAUGCUUGUUAAUGCAAUAAAGGAACUUGGAAAGGAACUAGGAAUAGGGAUGAAACAGCAGGCUGAGGUAGCUCAGAGGCAGAUUGAGGCAAAUCAGAGUCAGGUUUUAGCUGCCCUUGCACCUUUGCGAAAUCACUGUGGAGUCUCCGGUCACAUGAGACGGGAUUGCAACUCUAGCAACGUCUGGUGUCAGCAUUGCCGAUCGGACACCCAUGCCAGCACUGCCUGCCGGAGGUCGGGAAACGGGAAGCCGAGCGGGAAGCCCCGCCCCGCGAUGACACCAAAAGCGGCAGCAUACCCAGUGACCCAGGAAAUCAACACCUGCGUGCCUCUACCGCCUCUGACCAGCACUUUCGUCUCCAGCCCGCAACCCGGGGGAGCCUCGGAUUGGACUUGGCAAUCUCAAUAAACUGUACUCUUAUAGACAAUCGACCGCAGCGUGUCCCCACCGGGAUUAAAGGACCUAUAAUUAUAAAUGGGAAAGCGGUCGGAGCACUUUUAAUCGGACGCUCAUCAGCUGCUAUGGAAGGAUUACAAAUACUUACAGGACUAAUUGAUGCGGAUUAUACUGGAGAAAUUCAAAUCAUGGUACAGACUCUUUUUCCACCAAUGUUCAUAGAAAAGGGCACUCGACAAUUGGUGCCUUUGCCGGUUCUCACUGAAGGACUGUCACCCAUACACUCUGACCCCAGGGGUGAGGGAGCCUUCGGAUCCACAGGACCGGCAGCCAUGCUCACUGUGAGCCUGAAAAGUUGGCCACGCCGCACAGUGGCAGUAACAUACCAAGAAGAGACUGUUACCCUGACAGCACUCUUGGACACUGGCGCUGAUGUAUCCAUCAUCAGCAGUCACCACUGGCCUCAGCAUUGGCCCACCUUUGAAUCUGGAUCUACAGUCACUGGAGUGGGAGGACUUACCCUCGCUCGCAAGUCCCCUCCAUUGCAAUGGACUAUAGCUGAUCAAGUGGUAAAUUGCAGUGUGUCUAUCAUCCCAUUGCCACUUGGUGUUGCUGCUCUGGUGGGACGAGACAUACUCGCUCAAAUGGGCAUGGUUCUUACCACAGACCAAAAUUUUUAGGAGUGGCCAUUGCUUGGACUUUUCCCCCCCACCAGCUCAAAGAGGGACUGGAAGCUAUGUUCACUUUAAGGACAUGGCUGCAGGGGAAUGGAAAGGCCCUGCAGAGGUGUUAUAUUUUGGUCGUGGCUAUGUUUGUGUGCUUACUCCUACAGGUCCGCAGUGGAUACCCAGCCGCUGGGUCAAACCGACACCGUGCAAGCCUGGAGCCUCCACAAUAUCACCUUCCAGAGCUGAGUCUGCUUCGGCUACAUCUAGUAGCUGAUCCGGUGAUCGCACCUCUUGCAAACAUCGUGCCUACCCGACUUAGGCACUUUGAAUCCUGAGAGGAAGCAGAACAGCUACUGGACGCCCUUGAACAGUAUUAUCCAGGGAAACUUAAUUGUCGAACCUGUGGUGUUUGCGGGAAGCCAGGGCAUUUUGCAUGGUUUCUUAUCCAAUGUGGGGGUUGUAACAAAGAGUGGUGGGUUCAUCAGACACUUCUGUUAGGGGGAGCAUGGUGUAUUAUUUGUGAGGGAACUUGGCGACGUGACACGUUACAGAGAGAUUUAGAACGGGAAACUGGUUUACCAAUUUUUCAGGGUCUUACUCUUUAUGAGUCAGUAGAACAAUGAGCUAUUGCUGAAUUUCGCUAUCGAAUUAAUCACGAGGUUGCUCGCGUUCGCUUACAGCUUAAAUCCGCAAAAGUGCAUAAAGUUUGCGGAGAUGGCCUUAAAAUACCACGCCAAUGGAUGGUGCGUACCCAUGAGUGGGAACGCAUGUGCUAUCGCUUUAACGCUUGCAACAUUGCUGAUAACCGUGCACGCUACCGAUCCACACCACGUUAGCGCUAUAGACCACCGAAAAAACAUGUGGAUUACCUGGGCUAACCAAACAGGCCAAGAUUCUUUUUGCUUAUCCUUAGCAACGCCUUCUGACCCUUUCCGCACUUGCCUUAUUGGGGUUCCAUUAGCAGAAACUGGUAGCCUUAAAAAAUACACCCUCAGCUACUCAGAGCCGGAAAUUGCACUCUGAACCUUUUGUAAUGCAAGCUAUUCUACCCUCACUGAUAACUAUCUCGAUACUCACCUCUCUACUUUUAACAUCUGCAAUGACCUGAAAAUAAAGAAAAACCCUCUAGCUGCCCAAGCACGAGCAAUUGCCUUAGGCCUUAAUACAUCUAUGUUUGAGCCACAAGAGCUAGAUCUCUUAGGCUCUCAGCCUAGUCCCUAUUGUCUUAUGUUUAAAGGCAGUCACUUUGACAGCAGUGUCAGCCCCCAAAGGCCAAACAAAGACAGUACAUGGCUGAGCCCUACCACCUCAUGGUACUUUAACAUCACAGUGUACUGCAAUGGCUCAGUAUGGCCAGUUGAUAAUCCUCCACAAGAACCUAGGGCUUUGCCCUCAGGAACUUUCCUCAUUUGUGGGG